AAAAAAAAGACAUUGUGAAAUCCGGUGCACUGAAGUUCAAUCUUUACACCUGACACAUGCCAUUUAAUCAUUGAGCAACGCAGUCAAUCAGCACCGCACUGAGACGCAAGCUGUCACAGGUUCUCCGGGCAGAGAAGAUACUAAAGGCACAAGCAUGGGAGAGUGGGGCUUUCUCUCCAAGCUGCUGGACAAAGUGCAGUCUCACUCCACGGUCAUCGGGAAGGUCUGGCUCACCGUCCUCUUCGUCUUCAGGAUCAUGGUUCUCGGAGCCGGGGCUGAAAAGGUGUGGAGCGACGAACAGUCCAAAAUGAUCUGCAACACGAAGCAACCCGGUUGCACCAACGUGUGUUACGAUCACACCUUUCCCAUCUCCCACAUCCGCUUCUGGGUGCUUCAGAUCAUCUUCGUGUCCACCCCGACGCUCCUAUACUUCGGCCACGUCCUGCACAUCCUCCACAAAGAAAAGAAGCUGAGACGGCAGAUGGAGAUCCGCGAGGAGCAGCAAGGCCUCAAACAUCCCAAAUACACGGACGAUCGCGGCAAAGUCAUAAUCAAGGGCCAGCUGUUAGGCAGUUACCUAGCCAGCCUGUUCGCUAAGGUCUUGCUCGAGGCUGCAUUCAUCGUAGGCCAGUAUUACAUUUACGGUUUCAUCAUGAUCCCUAAGAUAGAGUGCUCCCGGUCUCCUUGCCCUCAUACGGUCGAGUGCUACAUGUCUCGCCCCACGGAGAAGACCAUCUUCAUCAUCUUCAUGCUGGUGGUGUCGUGCAUCUCUCUGCUCCUGAACGUGAUCGAGAUGUUCUACUUGAUAUGCCGCCGGUCGAAGAGGCAUCGAGGCGCGCAGGCGAGCGCGUUCUCGCAAAGCUUAAACGGAUCCAAGAUGUACAUUACGGGAACUUCAAAGUCUACCUGAACUGCUUGAGAAGAUGAUGUUUGAUGCUGUAAACUUUGAUGUUGUCCAUAGCUAAACGAAUGAAGGACCUGGGUAUUCAAAUUCAUUGCGAUCAUUUUGUUUCGAUGUAUUUCGUGGUGCAUUUCAGGUUAUUUUAUAUGGACUUUAUUUAACUUUGACCUUUAUUAGGGUGAUGUCUCAUGACUCUUCUCACAAACCUUUGUGACGCUCUAAUUGUUUUACUGUCAUGUUCAUUACGCAACACUACAUAUUUCCAUAUUUUCCUAAAUACAUUCUCCUCUCUCCGUUUGGUUAAAGAGGACGACAUUUAACUAAAGGAGAGCAGUGCUUCAUGCUAAUUUUAGCACUUACGUGUUGUGCUUUAAUCGUGAGCUGUUUUUAUUAGCAGUGUUAAAACCCUCGUUCACAAUGUUCUCUUUUACAUUUAAUUCAAUUUUGGAAAAAACGUAAUUGCGAUAUUAAAAACAAUAUUAAAAAAAUAAAAAAGCAA